UUCAAUAAACUAUAUAAAAGCAGUAUCGUUGAGUUUUUCAGUUUUUAUUCAGUUUUUCAUUUUCGCCCAACUCAGGUCAAUAUUCUAAAUAUACCAUGUCUCAUAUUUCCCCUAUUCCUGGUGGAAUGCGCGCAGGCCUAGUUAUAACUAUCAAAGGAGAAGUCCUACCAGGAGCAAAAAGGUUUAGAGUCGAUCUACAAACUGGCAAGAGCAGGGAUGGAGACAUUCAGUUCCAUUCCGGAAUAAGACUAGACGAAGGAGUUAUUGUAAGAAAUAAUAGGAGUAAUGAUGUUUGGCAUGCAGAAGAUAGAUAUGGAACUUUAAAUAUUCAUCAAGGCCGAGCAUUUUGGAUAGAAAUUUCUGUUGAAGUUGAUAAAUAUGUCAUGUAUAUUGAUGGAAAAUUUUUCUGCAUCUUUCCACACAGAAUGUCUAUGAGUCAAGUGACCCAUCUAAGCGUAUAUGGUGACUGUCUUGUAGAAUCUGUUACGUUUAAAAUCAGAGAAUCUUCAGAGCAACGUUUUGUUACCACCACAACUGAGUAUGUGUACUAAAUGUUUGUACUUGUGUUAUGUCUAAACAUAUUAUAAAGUCAAACCAUUUUAUAAUUAAACUUAGUAUACUGAUACUGUUAACAACGAACAGGUUUUAGUUUUCAAAAAACGUUAAAUUACAAGAAUAAAA